CUCACUUUUACAAAAGAAGUCUCGCCAAAUUGGAGCAUGCUAGGUAACCUGUUCUUGUUGUUAAUAUAUGCUAUUAGCACAGCUGUGCGGAUUGGAACUUGUUUUGAUUUGAACGCAACCCGAUUACCCAAAGCAUUACUCAAUAACACAAUGUGCUUUUAUUCUAGAUUCUCAUCCAUAGUUUGUCUCCUACCUCAGCCUCAGCUUUCAAAUCUCCAUAACAACACUCGAGGUGUCUUGUCCAAUGUAUUUCCCAUCGCCGCUUCCGAAAAUUCUAACUCAGAUGAAUGCUUGACCUCACACAGCUAGUCAUCUCGGUUAGCAUAAGCAUUUGGUGAAGUGAAGCAAGAUGUAGGUGUUAUACAUACUGCUCAUCGAACUCUCAAGCUCAAAGAUUGCUGAAUCCGAUGCCCUUGUUGUUUUUCCUCCCUUCUGACGGCCACGGGCUCGACGAUUAGUGCAACAUCAUAAC